CAUGUCUUCCAUGUUUUCAAUCAUCAGGAAUGUAAUAUCUGUAUUCAUGGUAGGCCUUAUGUGUCAUUUGAUUGUGGUAAAUGGAAAUAAUGAAUUUGAGCUUCGGCUCAUACCGAGGCUGGGAUCAAGCUUAUCGGGAGAGGGACGUGUGGAGGUUUUUCAGCGCGGUGAAGAUAAGGGUGUUUGGGGGAAUAUAUGUGAUCAAGGCUGGGAUGAGAAGGACGCUAUCGUAGCAUGCAGACAGUUAGGAUUUGGAAACGUAGGAUUUCCGUUAAACGGUCAAAGCACUAAUUCUCAGUAUGGAAAUGGAGAUGGCGAGUACUUAUAUAGCCAAUUCAAUUGUAACGGUAGUGAAAACGCGUUACGUGAUUGUCCUUACAAGACUUACAGUACCGAUAUGGGAUGUUCCGAAAUGCAGGCUGCUGGUCUAAUGUGUUUCUCAGAUUUAGAUGUCCGUCUAAUAUCGGAUACCAGUGGAAAUACGGAGGGUCGUCUAGAACUUUUUUAUAAAGGUGAUUGGUCGAAUGUGCGCAUUGAUGAUUUCGAUGGCAAGAGUGCAAAUGUAGCUUGCAAGCAAGUACGAGGUGACGUUAAAAGCGCUGUUGGAAUUAUUGUCGACGCAUUGAGAUAUGGUGAGGAUGAAGGCAAUUGCCAAUUCUCGAACUUCAAGUGUAAAGGCAACGAAAGCUACAUCAGGGAAUGCGAUUAUACGCGGUCAUCAACGCGUGAAAGUUGUGUCAAGCUUGUCGCCAUCAAGUGCGGUAAGGAAGAUAGUAUAAUAAUAACAUCCCAAUUCUCCUGUUGCUUAUCGUCGUUGUCAUCAUCAUCAAAUUCAAAUUCAAAUAAAACUUUAUUGCAAUCGAACAUAGUGAUUGGAUAAUUUACAGUACAAGAAAAGAUAUAAACAUUCAAAAUACAAGACAAACACCAUUUUCCAAUGUGACAUGAUUCAAAUAGGACUAAAAUAAAGUCUAUAUAUUCAACAUCAAAAUAUAAAAUUAAAAUUGCAUUUAAGGUGGCCAAUAACAGAACAUCAAAAAUGUCCAUCAAGAGAAAAAAAAAGAAAAAAGAUCAACAACCAAAAUAAUUGCAAAAUUCCCAUUAAUAAAAAUUACAUCCAAAAUUGUUAUUUAAUAGUUUUAAUUAAAAAAAAACCAUCAA